CUUUUUUUUAUUAACUUCUUGACCUCAAGCAUCUGCUUCUUUCGUAAAAUCAGCACUAGCUUUAUAAUUCUGGGCUGUUUCUUGGCAAGCGAUUGAUAUAUUUCCUACCUGCUUUCCUCUUUUUCUUACAACCUUCAUUCAUCCUUACGACUCCUAACACCACUCAAGAUCACCAUGCCAGAAUUCACUCCUGCCGAGGUCCAGAACCUCAAGUCCGUAUACGAAAAGGCCGGUCAAGGCCACGUAUUCACCUACUUCGAUUCCCUAAGCCAGCCCGAGCAAAAAGCUCUCUUCGAACAGCUCCAAAAGAUCGAUCCCGCCAGAGUUCACAAGCUACGAGACCUUGCUCUGAACCCACCAACGGAGGAGGGACAGACCGUUCUUGAGCCGCUUCCCGAAUCGGCAACCGCUAGCAUUUACGAUUCGAAGCCGGAGGAUAUUCAAAGGUGGUACGAUCUCGGCCUAGAGCUGAUUGGGAAGGGUGAGGUUGCCGUGGUUUUACUAGCUGGCGGUCAGGGUACCCGUCUGGGAAGCAAGGCCCCAAAAGGCGCCUUCGAUAUCAAACUUCCCUCCCAUAAAUCUCUCUUCCAGAUUCAGGCCGAACGAAUUUUAAAAAUCCAAGAGCUAGCUGCUGCGCGGGCCGCAGACCCUAGUAAGGCUGUGAUUCCAUGGUUUAUCAUGACCAGUGGCCCCACACGCGGACCAACUGAGAAGUUCUUCAAGAAGGAAAAGCUCGACGAGCUUAGCGCCGAGGAGAACGCAACCCGAGCCAAGGGCGAGCCUUAUUUUGGCCUCGACCCCAAGAACGUGACCAUCUUCGAGCAAGGUGUGCUUCCUUGCAUCACGAACGACGGAAAGUUCAUGCUCGCGAGCAAGGGGAAACUUGCAGUCGCCCCCGACGGCAACGGCGGCCUAUAUAAGGCUCUACAAGACGAAGGGGUUCUCGAGAAAAUGCGACCCAAUAUCAAGCAUGUCCAUGCGUACUGUGUUGACAACUGCUUGGCCAGGGUUGCGGAUCCGAUCUUCAUUGGAUUUGCCGCCGAAAAGAAGGUUAAGAUUGCUACUAAGGUUGUGAGGAAGCGAGAUGCCAAGGAGUCGGUCGGUCUUAUUCUCCAAAAGAAUGGCAAGCCUGACGUAGUCGAAUACUCGGAAGUUGACGAUGCUACCUGCCAAGCAGUAGACCCCAAGCAGCCCAGCAUCCUCAAGUUCCGCGCUGCCAACAUCGUCAACCACUACUACUCAUUCGAAUAUUUGGACAGCAUGGGAGAUGCUGUGAACAGCUUGCCACCGCACGUUGCCCGAAAGAAGAUUCCCUUCUUUGACACCGAGAAGGGCGAGGCUGUAGACCCUAAAACACCCAAUGGUAUCAAGCUAGAGCAAUUCGUCUUCGACAACUUCAAGUGGCUAAACUUGAACGAAUUCGCUUGCUUCGAGGUUAAGCGUGAAGAGGAGUUUUCCCCGCUCAAGAAUGCAGACCCAGCCCAGAAGGCUGACGGAUCAUUCGAGAAAGAGCCUGAGGACAGCCCUACAACCAGCCGCAGACACAUCAAAGAGCAAGGUCGACGGUGGGUUGAAGCUGUUGGCGCAACUGUCAAGAACGGAGAUGCUGAUGGGGGUCUUGAGGUUUCUCCACUCACGAGCUACGGCGGCGAGGGCCUAGAGGAGUUCAAGGGACAGACGAUCGAAAAAGCUACUAUUUAGAUAGGCCAAAAGAUAGAUGUUCUGAUAAACGAAUUAACGUAAAAGUUUGAAUACCCAAAAAGGGGCAAUGCUAGAACAUACUAGUCACCCUACUAAAGUUGCGGUAUUCCUAUACCUAAAAUUUUAAAAUAUAAAUAUGAGUAAAGCAUCUCAACUGGAUUACCAUUUAAGUAUCUAUAUAUUCUUUGCUCAACAACAGAAACAUCUUCGACAGCGCAAACGUUUAUGUAUUUUCAAAUUUGUCGCCCCCUUGUUUCAAGCUCCCAUUUUAAGUAUUGCCUGUUACUGUUCGUAUGGGAGAUCAUUAGGCUUGUAGCAUAAGAUAACCCCAUUUAUUAUCACACAGUAGAUCACCUUUUGAUAAUAUGCUCAAGGUUUGAUCUUGGGGCGAAAUUUUCAAGAAAAGGGGGGAAGGGGGGGUUACGCAUGUCUUAUGUUUUUGAUAUAUUUAUUAUCAUAUACACUUUAGACCUCUGUGCUACCCGCAAGGUGGCUUUUUGU